UAAGUUGGCACUACUUUUAUUUUACAUGGCAACCCACAAAAAAUAUUUUACCAACCUAUAAUUACUAACUGAUGUCGAGCUUCCUUUUCUCGUGUACUUUUGACAGCACGAGGUUAUAAUUUCUAUUUUGCAAUAGAAAAAAUAACAAUGGCUGAAGAAAAUUGGAAUGAUGAAAUUGAAGCUGGCAGCAUGGCUGUGGAAAGCAUGCCACUGCCCCAGGCGGCUGACAUCCCCGAAAUCAAACUGUUCGGCCGAUGGAGCUGUUAUGAUGUGCAAGUGUCUGAUAUGUCCCUCCAAGAUUACAUUUCUGUUAAGGAGAAAUAUGCUAAAUAUUUACCGCACUCUGCCGGUAGGUACGCUCACAAGCGUUUCCGAAAAGCUCAGUGCCCUAUCGUUGAACGACUCACCAACUCAUUGAUGAUGCAUGGGCGCAACAACGGCAAGAAAUUGAUGGCAGUGCGCAUUGUUAAACACGCAUUUGAAAUUAUUCACCUACUCACCGGAGAAAACCCACUGCAGGUUCUUGUGACAGCGAUCAUAAACUCUGGCCCACGCGAAGACUCGACUAGGAUUGGUCGUGCCGGUACCGUACGUCGCCAGGCUGUGGAUGUGUCCCCACUCCGUCGUGUAAACCAGGCAAUCUGGUUGCUGUGCACAGGAGCUCGUGAAGCUGCAUUCAGGAACAUUAAGACUAUUGCCGAGUGUGUGGCAGAUGAGCUCAUCAAUGCUGCUAAGGGUUCAUCAAAUUCUUAUGCCAUUAAGAAAAAGGAUGAGUUGGAGCGAGUUGCCAAGUCCAACCGUUAAUACCUAAGGACAAGUCUGAAUAAAAAAGUAAUAAAACAUC